UUUAAUUUCGUAACUUAUCUGAUUAUAUUGGUAUCGUUUUCUUUGCAAUAAAUAAUCAGUGUAAAUUGCAAUUGAUACAUUUAAAUAAUGUCAAGCAAAAUGUUUUGCUUAGUUUACAUUAAAAAAAUUUCAAACAUAAAGUUUCGUGCAGUUUACAAUAGAAAAAAUGGUGGUUCUAACAAAUCAGCAAUCGUAUAUAUACCAAUAAAGCGACACUUUAAAAAAAAAAAAGUUUUAACGUUAGCGAGUAUAUUUUUAACACUUUACUUUAUUGACUUUGCUUUUAAAAUUCGCAAUAAAAUUCAAAACCAAGAAGAAAAAUAUCACAUUAAAAGCAUAGUUUCCAAUAGAGACGAAGAUAAUAUAUUGAGGAAUUCUGCAAACGUUCACUAUUGGGACUAUAUUUGUGGAUAUGCUGUUGAGGAUUUAAGAAGUCAUCCUUUGUUUCCUCAUUCGCCGCUACGCCGAGAUACCGUAGAUUCAUUACAUCUUAAACAUACUGAGUCACAAUUUGGCGCUCGUAUUUUUGGUUACAUUUAUCCACCUAUUAAUGGGUUUUAUGUGUUUGCAAUUAGUUCAGACGAUUGCUCGGAAUUCUGGUUAAGCAGCGAUGCAGAUCCUUUGAACUUAGAACUUCUGGCGGAGGUCGGCGGAAUUACUGGUAAAGAAUGGUCAUACGAAAACCAGUUUGACAAAUAUCCAAGACAAGAGUCAAUACAAGUUCAACUUAAUGCUAGUAAAAAGUACUUUUUCGACGUUUUAUGGAAACAAGAGAGAGCACGUGGUCACGUUCAGGUUGUUUGGAAAAAACCUGGAGAAAUUAACUUUAGUUUUAUUGAGAAAAAAUACUUUUCAAAGUUCUAUGACGAAAGUUAUAUCGAAAAUGGAAUAAUUUAUCUAGAUCAUCUAAAAGACAAAUUACCAGACCUUCCGAGUCACAUAAAAAUGUUUAUAAAGGCGCACAAUAAAAAACUUACUGAGCGCACAACACUUUACGAAAGAGAUAGCGAAGAAUUUUUAUCACUUCCACAUUUGAAAUUUAAUACUGUUAAUGAUGUAUUAGUUACGUGCACGUACUUCCCAAGCUGGAUAAUUGAAGCCAAUAGCGAAAAAGCUAAGAACCUAGGCGAAUUUGAGGGGGUGCAUUUAUCUCACUACUACAAUAUUUCAACUCGAAUAUUUCCAGAAGAUCAAACAUGGAAUCACUCAUCCGAAUGCAUAGGUGAUUCAUUAAAAUCGAUGCAUUGCCAAGGUAAUGAGGUGGAAAAUGAACUUUCUGCUCAAUGGCCUGUAAAUAAAUAUAUGACAGAACUUUCAAUAAAAUUUCCUAAUCGCUUUAAGUUGCACACAAUAGUAAAUGUUGAAAGUGUACAUGACGUAUACGGCAAUCGCUAUUUGAUUGAACUUGUUUUAGAAGACUCUGACCAGAACAAAAUGAAAAGACUUUCGGUCUACGUUUUUCGUCCACUUAAUUCAAACAAUUUAUGUUACCCAAAAGACUUUCAAUGGAAACAUGACGCAAUGGUUCAUUUUAUUCUAACAGUUAAAAAUCAAGGUGCCUGGGUUCAGCAGUACAUCGAAUCUUUAUCAAACAUUUACAAAAAAACAAAGGAUGAUAGAUUUAAUUUGAUUAUAGUUGAUUUUGAAAGUUUUGACGUAAAUCUUACGGAAUUAUUGGCACGAAGUAAACUGCCUCAUUGGCAGGUUAUUAGGCAAAGUGGCAAAUUUCAUAAAACAUCAGCUAUUCAAAGUGCUGUUAAUAAUAUAAAGGAAGCCGACAGUAUUGCAUUGCAAACAGAUUUACAUUUGGAAUUUCCGAUCAAUUUCAUUGAUAAUUCAAGAAAGCACUGCAUUCAAGGUAAAAUGGCUUAUUCUCCGCUGUUAAUGAGAUUGGCUUGUGGUAGAUAUUGUCAUAACCCAGGUGGAUUUUGGGAAGUUUUUGGAUAUGGCAUUUUUGGAAUUUAUAAAAGUGACUGGGACAAAACCGGUGGAAUGGAUGUUGAAAAGUUUCUUCAUCGAGAUGCUUGGGGAGGAGAAGAUUGGGAUUUUGCUGAUCGUGUGAUAAAGAAUGGAUUAGAAAUUGAACGCCUUAGAGUUCCUUAUUUCUUUCAUUAUUUUCAUACAAAGAGAGGAAUGUGGGACAACAGUUACUAAAAUUGUUGUUAAGACGUUAAAGAUCUAAACAACGGAUAAAUCAAACAUUAUAAUAACGAAUAUAUCAUAUAACAAAUAUAUUUUAAAAGAGACUUUAUUGAAAACUUUAUUAGCAAAUACAAAAUAGAUAAGACUAAUAAAUCUAUCAUCUUAAUAGCGAAUACUUAGCAACAGUUAAAAUUUUUUCAUUAUAGUUUAUAUUUUAUUAUUUUUAAA